AUGUUUCCUUUUCAUUUUCCGCUCGCCCUUCUUGCUCCCGGCCAAACUCCUUCGCUUUCAGUCCCAUACCCACCCCCAUCCAUUCCCGUGGUUCUCCACACCCCUUACAUCUCGCUCCACUCUUGCUGCCCACUUCCCUCCUCUCUUCAAGUUCCUCCCCUUGCCCCCUACAAUGUUACCCGCCCUGACCACUUCCGCCUCUGCCCCUUUCUCCCCUGCCCCUCCUCCCCUGCACCUCUAUCCAUCUCUCCUCCUGGGAAAGGACAUGGUAUCCUCCCCUCCUCUUCCCCCUCCUCGCUGCACCUCGUUCUCUCCAAGUUUGUCCCUUCUCCCUCUGUUCCCUUCUCCAUCUGUUCCCCUCUCCCUCUGUUCCCCUCUCCCUCUGUUCCCCUCUCCCUCUGUUCCCCUCUCCCUCUGUUCCCCUCUCCCUCUGUUCCCCUCUCCCUCUGUUCCCCUCUCCCUCUGUUCCCCUCUCCCUCUGUUCCCCUCUCCCUCUGUUCCCCUCUCCCUCUGUUCCCCUCUCCCUCUGUUCCCCUCUCCCUCUGUUCCCCUCUCCCUCUGUUCCCCUCUCCCUCUGUUCCCCUCUCCCUCUGUUCCCCUCUCCCUCUGUUCCCCUCUCCCUCUGUUCCCCUCUCCCUCUGUUCCCCUCUCCCUCUGUUCCCCUCUCCCUCUGUUCCCCUCUCCCUCUGUUACCCUCUCCCUCUGUUCCCCUCUCCCUCUGUUCCCCUCUCCCUCUGUUCCCCUCUCCCUCUGUUCCCCUCUCCCUCUGUUCCCCUCUCCCUCUGUUCCCCUCUCCCUCUGUUCCCCUCUCCCUCUGUUCCCCUCUCCCUCUGUUCCCCUCUCCCUCUGUUCCCCUCUCCCUCUGUUCCCCUCUCCCUCUGUUCCCCUCUCCCUCUGUUCCCCUCUCCCUCUGUUCCCCUCUCCCUCUGUUCCCCUCUCCCUCUAUUCCCCACCUGUCAUGCCAGGAAUCCCACCAAGGAGGAAUUGCUAGCAGCCGAGGCCAAGGGUGAGAGUGGUGUUGCUUUGCUAACUGCUGUUUCCUAA